UACUCGAUCGGACGGGCCCAGAAUCUGACAUUUUCGCCCCUCAGAUAUUUCGGACAAGUAUUGGUUCAACAAGUUCAGGGCGGAGCAGUCUCACAGUCGCGAAUUGAUGACCUUGCCACUCGUAUUUUGGCAGCUUGGUAUUACCUUGGGCAAGACUCUGGAUAUCCUUCCGUCAACUUUGAUAGCUGGAGCUCAAGCAACAGCGGCAAUCAGCAUGUCAAUGUCCAAAGUGAUCACAAGAAUAUCAUACGAACCGUCGCUGCUGCAAGUACUGUCCUCCUGAAAAAUAAGAACAAUGUCCUCCCCCUCAAGAAGCCCACCUCUCUUGCUGUUAUAGUCUUCCCACAGGCAGCCAUUCCGUCCCCAACCCUUCAGGAAUCAACAGCUGUACAGAUAGGAACUGCAAUACUGGGACACUUGCUCAAGGCUGCAAGCACUGAUGGAACCUCUGUCACUUCAAGCACAAGUGAUACAGAUACCAACGCCGCUGCAAAUGCUGCGCGUGGCAAAACUGCAGCAAUAGUGGUUGUGACAG